AUGUCGUCGUCCCUGUUCUGGGGCGACCGCGCGGUGGUGCUGUUCCCGGGCUGGCCCGGUGCGCGGGGCCUCGGGUCGUACCUGCUCUCCCUCCUCUUCGUGCUCGCCCUCGCCGCGCUCGCCGAGGCGCUCCACGCGGUGUCCGCCCACGUCGCCCACCGCUGGCGCCGCCGCGGCGCCGUCGUCCCAGCGCUGCUGCUGACGGCGGUCCACGCGGCGCGGAUGGGCGCGGCCUACCUCCUGAUGCUGGCCGUCAUGUCGUACAACGGCGGCGUGCUCCUCGCCGCCGUGGCUGGCCACGCGCUCGGCUUCCUCCUCACCCGGAGCUGGGCGGCCAGGGCGGAGGAGCUGGAGGCUGGACAUGGCGCCGGCGCCGGCGCCGGCCGUGGCCGCGACCGAGUCCCUCCCUCGGAUGACGCCGCCAAGGCCUAG